AUGCAACGUAUCACGAUUUUGAUGUGGUGCGGAAACCACAUCGAAAGUCCAGAGUUUGCAACCGUUCCCGGACUACAAACACUUCAGAUUAAUGAUAUAAUAGCGAACUGGAAGAUAGAGCAAAAAAUCGGGGAAGGUGGUUUUGGAGCUGUAUAUAAGGUCAGCGACACAACAUCUUCAACACAUGCUAGCUACGCUUUAAAGACGGAAAGAGUAAAUGCACCCACCAAAGUAUUGAAAAUGGAAGUUGUUGUUUUACGAGCACUUAAGAAAGCACGUGCCACUCAUUGCUGCGACAUACUUGAUUCUGGCAGAGCUCUUGGAUACAACUUUAUAAUAAUGACGCUCGUCGGAGCGUCACUAAUGGAUUUACGAAAAAACAACAAAUUAAAAGAAAAUUCGUUCACAAUGGGAUGUGCAAUUUCCGUUGGAAUACAAUGUUUAGAAGCUAUUCAAGAACUGCAUAAUGUUGGUUAUCUGCAUCGUGAUCUCAAGCCGGCAAACUUCUGCAUUUGCGUAGACGAUGUCCGACGUAUCUAUUUGCUGGACUUUGGAAUGUGUCGCCGUUAUGUUGACAGCGACAAUGCUGUGAGACGACCACGGUGGGCGUCUGGGUUUCGUGGGACGCAAAGAUACGCUGCUAUAAGCUGCCACAUAUCGAGAGAGAUGGCAAGAAAAGACGACCUCGAAAGCUGGCUGUAUCAGCAAAUUGAAUUGACAUCAGGAGAGCUGCCAUGGAAGAGCCUUGAGGAUACUGUAGCUAUUUGUAAUGCUAAGGAGAAAUCACGAACGAGUGGAAUAAAGGAGUUGUUUGCCGGUUGUCCAAAGGAAUACAUCCAUAUGAUGUUUUACAUUGACUCACUAAGAUAUUAUGAUAAACCUAAUUAUGCUAUUUUACGUGGUCUACUUCGUGAUGCUCUCGAUUCUAAUGCACUAUCCGAACAUCCGUACGAUUGGGAACCAUGUGCUACAUCAAGGACAGCCACUCCGCAGAUCCCUGAAACAAAUCCAAAGGCUGCCGAAACAAAUCCGAAGGCUACUGAAGCGAAUCCCAAGGCUGCCGAAACAAAUCCGAAGCCUUCCGAAACAAAUCCGAAGGCUGCCGAAACAAAUCCGAAGGCUUCCGAAACAAACCCGAAGGUUGCUGAAACAAAUCCGAAGGGUACCGAAACAAAUCCCAAAGCGGCUGAAACAAAUCCGAAGGCGCAGUGA